CCAUUUGGUUGUUACAAAAUUUAAUUCCAUACAAUUUGGUUAUUAUAUAUAGCCUGAUGACAAUUAGAAUGAGAUAGGCAGCUUUCACUGCAGUUCAAAUUGAAUAUUAUUCUGGGUUUGUAAACCAUUAUCUACUAAUAGUAAAUAUAUACUUCUGGUUCUUCAAUUGUAUGCUUCUGGAGUUGAUUGGAGUUGAUUGUAUAGGGAAUAUUUUUCAACUUUUCUAAUCACACUACGUGAUCCUUUGAGUAUAGUCAAGUAUUUUUACCACCUUACAUGAAAGAGAAACUUUGCAGAGCCAAAAAGGAAUGUUUCUUAGGAAUUUUGUGCUCUGGAUGGAAAUCUUUUUUUUCAUAUAUCAUCUUCUCCGAUAUCUGUGAAUGUUAAAGAAGUUUUUUCCCACUCAAAAUUGGUAUUCCUGUUUCCAUAUAACAUUUUGAAGUCAAAUUGCAUUCCAUUACAGUGAGUUCCCGCAAUUUUUUCUUGAACACUCAGAUAUUUUAGUUUCAUUAAUAUAGUGGAGCCAAAUCAAUUUUAGGUAACCUGAGGCUACCAACCCAACCCUUUCAUUUGGAUUUUUACUGACAGUUAUUCUCCAAUGGAGGUCUUCAAAUUCUUGCAGAAGAAUUAUUUUUGUAGCUUAAGAUUUCAAGUAACUGCUGUAGGUUCAUUCUGUGAAAACCUUCAAGGCUAAAAGGGCCAGCUUAUGUCAUUGUGAAUUUAGACUGUAAUGCAGAUAAUGGAGGAGGAAGCCAGAUUUGAGGCAGAGGUGUCAGAGAUGCAAGCAUGGUGGAACACAGAGCGUUUCCGUCUCACACACCGCCCCUACACAGCCAGAGAUGUGGUCAGCCUGAGAGGAACAAUGCCCCAGAGUUAUGCUUCCAAUCAGAUUGCCAAAAAGCUGUGGACAACACUCAAAACCCACCAGGCCAACAAGACUGCAUCUUGCACAUUUGGUGCACUGGAUCCGGUCCAGGUUGCCAUGAUGAGCAAAUACUUGGAUUCAAUCUAUGUCUCCGGUUGGCAAUGUUCAUCCACAGCCUCAACAAGCAAUGAACCGGGUCCUGACCUCGCAGAUUACCCCUAUGACACUGUCCCCAACAAGGUUGAGCACCUUUUCUUUGCACAGCAGUUCCAUGACCGGAAGCAGAGGGAAGCCAGGAUGAGCAUGAGCAGGGAAGAGCGCUUAGCAACUCCCUAUAUUGACUACCUUAAACCAAUUAUAGCAGAUGGGGACACUGGCUUUGGGGGUACAACUGCCACUGUAAAACUAUGUAAGCUCUUUGUUGAGAGAGGAGCUGCUGGAGUCCACAUUGAAGACCAGGCCUCUGUUACCAAAAAAUGUGGCCACAUGGCAGGAAAGGUUCUGGUUUCUGUGGGUGAACAUAUUAACAGAUUAGUUGCUGCAAGGCUUCAGUUUGAUAUUAUGGGUGUUGAAACCCUGUUAGUAGCUCGGACUGAUGCUGUGGCUGCCACUCUAAUUCAGACCAAUGUGGAUGCCAGGGAUCAUCGGUUUAUAAUGGGUGCCACCAAUCCUAAUCUCAAGGGUAGGCCUCUGGCUGCAAUUCUUGCAGAAGCUACGGCCAGUGGCAAGACUGGUGCUGAGUUGCAAGCCGUGGAGGAUGGCUGGAUGGCUAUGGCUGGUUUGAAGCUUUUCUCUGAAUGUGUAGCAGACGCCAUUAAAGGCCUCAAUGUUUUGGAGCAUGAGAAGAACAGGAAAUUGGGUGAAUGGAUGCAAGUGCAGGAGAAGAAUAACUUAUCAUACUAUCAAGCCAGGGAAUUUGCUGAAAAGUUAAGGGUUGGCAAUGUUUUCUGGGAUUGGGAUCUGCCAAGAACCAGAGAAGGAUUCUAUAGGUUCCAAGGUAGUGUUAAGGCUGCUGUUGUAAGAGGACAGUCUUUUGCUCCCCAUGCUGACCUCAUCUGGAUGGAAACCUCUGGUCCUGACUUGGUAGAGUGCAGACAAUUUGCUGAGGGGGUGAAAUCCAUGCAUCCUGAAAUAAUGUUGGCCUACAAUCUUUCACCUUCCUUCAACUGGGAUGCUUCAGGAAUGACUGACAGGCAGAUGCAGAACUUCAUUCCUGAGAUUGCGCAGUUGGGCUUCUGUUGGCAGUUCAUCACACUGGCUGGAUUCCAUGCAGAUGCACUUGUGAUUGAUACUUUUGCCAGGGACUUUGCACAGAGGGGAAUGCUUGCAUAUGUGGAGAAGAUCCAAAGGCAAGAAAGGAUGAAUGGGGUUGACACAUUAGCUCACCAGAAGUGGUCAGGUGCCAACUAUUAUGAUGCCCUGCUCAAAACUGUUCAGGGUGGAAUCUCUUCUACUGCUGCUAUGGGAAAAGGUGUCACAGAGGACCAAUUUAAAGAGUCUGGGGGCAGUUCAUCAAAUGCUGGUGCAGGUGUUAUCACUAUGGUGGCAAAGUCCAAAAUGUAAAAGAUGUUUUGCACUCCACUUUACAUAUGCAGUCUCUUACAAUUUUUGCUGAUAAAACAAAUCAAUUGCAGAGGUAGUCAAGGGAUACUACAGUACCUUCACAUUAUUAUUAUUAUUUAGAAUAAGUUUUGGACAAGAAGGUGGACUUUGCUAGAGUUGGCUUUUUUUACAUUGGGUAACUAGUAAUCAAAAUUUGAAGUUGAAGGGCCGGGAAGAUAAUUAUUGUUGAAAAAGUAUGAUCUGACACUCAUGAUUUUCUCAAAUUUGAGAGCACCAAGUAC